GCCUGCGUCCGUCAUGCCAGGCAGCCAGGCCCGGUGCCGGGCCAGAGACCGCAACAACAUUUUGAACCGGCCCGAGUUCCUGUCCCUGAACCAGACCCCCUGCAGGGAGCAGGCCGGGGAGGCCCGGGGGGGCGCCGGUCCCAGAAGAUCCAUGAUCAGGCAGCCGAGUCAGCAGGACGACACCGGGGGGAGGUCCCGUGACUCGUCCGAGGGGCCGGCCCCUGACGGAGCCCCGCCCCCGUCCCGCUACCCGGAGCAGGACUGUAUGCAGCUCAACCCCACGUUUCGAGGCAUUGCCAUGAGCUCUCUGCUGGCCAUCGACAUCAGCCUGUCCAAGCGUCUGGGCGUGUGUGUGGCGUCCCGGGGGGGCGGGGCCCCGCUGCACUCUAUGGUCACCCUGCUGGCCCUCACAGGCCACGCCCUCACCUGGAUCUGUGGGACCCUCAUCUGCCUCUGGAGGAGCAACACGCUGGCUGGACAGGAAGUCCUGGUCAACCUGCUGCUGGCGCUGCUCCUGGACCUGAUGACAGUUGCCGGGAUGCAGAAGUUGGUGAAACGUCGAGGACCGUGGGACUUUCCUCCGGGGUUCCUGGACUACGUUGCUAUGGAUACGUAUUCUUUCCCGGCAGCCCACGCCAGCCGAGCCGCCAUGGUGGCCAAGUUCCUGCUGAACCACCUGGUCCUGGCGGUGCCCCUCAGGAUCCUGCUCUACCUGUGGGCCUUCCUGGUGGGCGUGUCCCGGGUGCUGCUGGGGAAGCAUCACCUGUCGGACGUCGGCUGCGGCUUCGCUCUGGGCUUCCUGCACUUCAGCCUGGUGGAGUCGGUCUGGUUGGAUUCGGCCACCUGCCAGACCCUCAUCUCCAUCGGCACACUGCGCUGGACGCCACUGGUGUAGAACCGGUUCAGAAUAGUGUAAAACCAGUUCAGUCUGGUUUUAAAUCGGUUCAGAGUAGUUUAGAACUGGUUCAGACUAGUUCAGGUGGGAUUCACACUGCAGCUGAAUCCAGUCUGAACUCAACAACACGCUGCAGGGGACGACUGGUUCUGACUGGUCCAAACUGGUUUAGACCACUUUGGAUUGGUCCAUUCUGAGAAGAUGAUCCAUUUCCAGUAUGGACUGGUUUAGACUGGUUUAGACUGGUCCUGCUGGAUUCAGCUCCACAUCCUACUGUCACCUGUCACUUGUUUAGUCUAGUUUAGACCGGUUUACACUGGUUUAGACUGGUUUACACUGGUUUAGAUCAGUUUACAUUGGUUUAGACUGCUUUAGAUCGGUUUACACCGGUUUAGAUGGGUUUAGACUGGUUUAGACUGGUUUAGAUCGCUUUAAGGCUGCUAUUAAAUCUUUUUCUCUGCUCUGGAUGAGUUUAAACUGGUCCAGACCACUUCACAUUGCUCCAUUCUGACACAAUGAUCCAGUUCCCAUCCAGUUGGUUCGGGUUUGUCUGUCCCUGUUUGGACCACUUCAGACUGGAUUAGAUUUGUCUGAGACCAUUCUAGUCCAGUCUGGACUGGUUUCAGCCAAUCCAGACUGGAUUCUGCUACCUGGUUUAGAUCUCUUUGGACUGGAUUUCUUCCAUAAUGAUCCAGUUCCAGUCUGGUCCAGACUGGUUUAAACUGGUUCUGCUGGAUUCCUCUAGCUGUACUACUUUUAUUUCUCACUUGUUUAGACUAGUUUGGACUGAUUUAGACCGCUUUAAGGCUGCCAUUAACUGCUCUAGUCCAGUUUGGACCUGUUUAAACUGGUCCUGUUGGAUUCUGCUACCUGUACUUAAUUCACCUGUCCAUGGUUCUGACUGGUCUGAGCUGGUUUAAACUGGUAUGAGUGAUUAUAAAGGAGUUUAUCUUACAGUUGUGUGUUAGCGAGGUGAUGCUAACAUUAGCAGAACUAGCUGCUGUAGGAGGUGUGGGGUUUGGAUCGGACUGAACCGGACCGGUUCGCUUCAGAUGGAGGUUUGUUUCUCUGGUAUCAAACCUCUGGACAUGUUUUCGUUUUCGCUGUCGUUUGAUUGACUGUGAAUCAGAGGUAAAGUUUGGACUUUUAAGCUGAAGUCGAAAUCUGUCACUUUUAUGUUGAGAUGUUUAUCACAAUAAGAGCUGAAUAAACUGCAGAUUUUAAUGUUUUAAUCAGCGAAUAAAAACUCGAUUUAAAGUGACGAAUGGAUAAUUUUCGUGGAAGGAAAGCUUUAAUGUGAAACGGACUGGAAGGCGUUGGCUGUGGAGGAAACAGCUUCAGGUUUUAAGCUUCUGUUCGGCUGCUUAUGUUUCAGCACUUUUACAAUUUUUAACAGUUUCUUUUGUUCAGUGAGAAAUAAGAAGUUGUGCGUUUCUAAUUGUUGUAGUUUUGUUAUCGGAGCUGAAACUCAGGUAUAUUUUCAGACAUGUUCUAGUUUACAUCUUCAGUGUUCUGCAGGUUCUUUCCUCAUCCUUUCCUGAAUAUCAGCUGCUGUUUAUUUCUAACAGCGUCCUGCAGUUUCGUGCUGAUUUAUUAGUUGGAAGGAAAAAUGUUGCUUCAGUUAUUAAAUCCACACAAAACAGGUCUAAUUCAGGUUCUUAAAGUUCCCUUAAAAUAAAAUCUGAGCCACAAAACAGCCUUAAGAUUCCCUGAAAACGUUCCCUGAGUGGUUCAGACAUUCGUCUUUUCUUGGGGAAGGAAUCCCUUCAAGUUUGCACAAAAACCUCAGAAACCAAAGUAAGAAGAAGCCUCAGGUAUUUCUGAUCUUCUACAAAAUCAACACUUCCAGACUUCUUUUAAAUUUGAUUUCCUCCCACAUUAUUUACCUCUCUUAAUCUGUGGAUCAAAUUUACUCUGUUGCUAUUCCUCCAGAAGUUUCAUAUUUGGUUCUCUUCUCGUCUUCUGCGGACAUUUUCAUGAUUUUCAGAAGAAUAAAACUGUUGACUUUUCCUGCUGUUAAAUCUCCUUCAGUGAAUCCUUUAACUGAGGGAAGCUUCUGUACAGCAUCUUUAAUGAAAACUGAAACUUAAAGUUUGGUAUUUGGGAGUAAACUGCUGCUGUAUUAAAUAUCAGAUAAUAAUCGGGAACAAUCCGACUAUCUAUGCAAAUACUUUUAUACUGAACUUGAUAUUUUGAAGAAGAAAUGAGUUUAAGAUGCAACAACAAAGAUGUGAGACUGAUCUCCGUCUGUAUGCAGACCAUACGCCGCUGUUCGUCGUUUGUCUUUUCAACACCUUAAACUCCAGUUUCCUUCUUCUUCUGCUAGUUUGCGGUCAACAGUUUUCCAUAUAAAAACUUUGAUGUAAAUUAGGAAGACUAGUCAACUAGUUUACCGUUAAACCUGUUAACUCGACAGUGGAACGAGUCUCUGGAAUCGUAACAAACUGAACUUUUAAUUCUGAAUCAUUUCUUGAAAACUCAAACAUGAUGAGCAGAAACUAACUUUCUUCGUUUCACUUCCUGUCUUACUUUGAAACUUCCUGUGAAGUUGAGAUCAACAGCAACUGAUCUGAAAGAUUCUGAGGAAAGUUGCCUGAAAACUGAAGCAUCUGGUUUGGAUUCAUGGAAUGAGAAGAGACUGAAACAGGAAGUGAGGAUUCAAACUAUGCAUCUGUUCUGUCUGUUUGAAUAAAUCUAUUUUCAGCGA